UGCCGUAUAUUUUAUCAAAAAAGUCUUAAAUCUGUAUAAACAUUUUGUUUCCGGAAAUAUAUUUUGCUUGAAUUGUUCUUUGUAAAUCGCUUAUCCAUUAAGUGAAGUUGCAUUAGCCUUAUAGGUAUAACAAAAAUAAAAAUGAUAUGUUCUAGCUAAAAUUAACAUUGACUUCUAGUUAAAGUAAAUGUUUAAAUUAAACUUUGGGGCGCUGGCAACGUUGGGGAGCUUUACGUAACUGUCAAUUUGAUUACUUGUCAGUUAGUUUCAGUUCUUUUUGUUUUAAUCGGUUCGCGCGAAGCUGCGGGGUUUUCAAAAUGCAGGACUUUUUAAGAAACUUUCAAAACCUAAUCAGAAACGACAACGCGCGUACCGAUAAUAACGUAUUUCAGUUGUACUACAAGUUUUCAGUUAUCAUGUUUUUCGUGUUUUCCAUACUAUUGUCUAGUAAGCAAUAUUUUGGGGAUCCCAUUCACUGCGACGUGGAGUCGCUUAAAAAGGAAAUUGUCGAUGUUAUUUGCUGGUCGUCGGGAACCUUUACCGUCCAGGAAACGCUUCAAGACACGUACUUGUCCUCCCAAUCAUUAGGUGGACUUGGUAACGAAGUAGGCAAGACCACCUAUUCCCUUUUGUACUAUCAAUGGAUAUGUUUGCUGUUUUGCAUACAAGCCUUACUGUUCUAUGUGCCCAGGUAUUUGUGGAAAUCCUGGGAAGGAGACCGUCUGGGGCAAAUCGUUAAGGAUCUAUGUGGUCCUUUGGUAUCUGAGAAAUGGACGAAAUCUUACAAGUAUAAAAUCAGAACGUACAUCUUGAGCAACGAGAAUCAUAACACUUUCGCGUAUCGCUUUGCUUUCUGUGAAUUAUUGAACUUUAUAAUUUUGAUUUUCCAAUUCGUUUUGAUGAAUUGGUACCUGAAUGGCAAUUUUUCUCAUUACGGAUACGAAGUUAUGAUCGAACCAUGGCCGUACACGUUCAACAAAGUUUUCCCUAAGAAGACCAAAUGCACGUACUCGAGGUUCGGUCCGUCAGGAUCAGUGCAAACACACGAUGCGCUCUGCAUACUGCCAUUGAAUACUUUAAACGAGAAGUUCUUCCUGCUCAUUUGGUUCUGGAUGAUUUUUCUCUUUGCGGUCACCAUAUGCGCUUUACUCUACAGAAUUACAGUGCUCACCUCGCAGCAAUUUCGAAUCUUCUUGCUAAUGGCCCAGGCACGCAGUUUAAGCAGGAAGAAAGUCAAAGUUGUUGGGAAACGCGUGUCUCAUGGGCAGUUUUUCCUUCUGUAUAACAUCGGGAAAAUGUUGAAUCCCAUUAUCUAUCGCGAACUACUGAUGUCUAUCUUUGAGCACUUGUCCGACAAGGACCCUAAUAGUUUAGAUUUUUGAUGUUUUUUUGUUACAUUUACAAGGUUUCCUUUGUUAUCCACAGGAUUUUGUGUUAUUUUUAGUGUCGUGUCGAAGUAUUAUGUUUAUUUUUUGAGAAACUACUGUUUAAGUGCAUUUUCCGCCACAAGCCGUGAGCAGUAUUA